AUGGCCUUCUCAGCGAUUUGUCGCACUCCUUCGACAGACUUGACCGCAGAGUUCAACGACCUACUCGGCCAAACUGGUGCUCCAACAGCAACCGGCAAGCUAGCUCUCGACGUGAAUGUGCUCGAGGGUUUCUUGAAGGAAGCUUACCGAAUAAAUUCGCACAUUGCCAGCCUGCACAAGGAACUCAAGGAUGUCCGGCAAGCGUAUCUUUCGACGGCCCAACCAAGAAGGACUCGUGCUCACUCAGCCCAUGGCCAACCUCAAGCUCUCACCGAUCGCGAGCGCGAAGACGUGGACGCGAAUGCGAAGCAGAUGAUUCGGGAGCUCAACGCUAGCAUUCGAGGGUUGGGCGAUGCCGAGCAGCUUCGUCGGGAGACGCAAUCUGCGAUUAUCAGGAAGAAGUUUGCCAGCGGCCUCAAUGCUUUGAGCUCAUGGGCAGCGGGCGGCGGCGCUGCCAAAAAGACAGCAGAACACGCGGCAGCUGAAGCUCAGGCUCAGCAAACGGAUAUUCACCGCGAUGGUAUACUGUGGUUCCUGCGGCAGAGGUUAGAGCUCUGCUGCCGCACGCAGCAAGACAUGAUGGAAACGCGGCUCGUCCGCGAGAUGGACAAGUCUCGAGGGAUGCUGGUGCCUCCGGCGGCCGAUUUUGCCGCCUUUCCGCCUGCGUCUGGAAAGUCUGGAAAGUCCGAGAAGAAGUCUUGGCAAGCUUCAACUGCCUCUGGGAGGGAAUCAAACGAUGCUGGGGCCUUCACCCAAGGCUUGACGGAUGAGCAGGUUCAAAUGUUUGAGGAGGAUAAUCAAGACAUGAUGAAGUAUUACGAGACCACGCUGGACAAGAUCGGAACUGCUGAAAAGUCUCUUGUUGAGAUCUCCGAGCUCCAAUCGCUACUAGUCAACAACUUGGCCAUCCAGUCCGCACAUAUCGAGCAACUUGUCUCUGACUCUCUGUCAGCAACAGAUAACAUCGGCGGAGGGAACAAGGAGCUCAAGAAGGCCACGCAGCGUCCAAGCGCAGCUCGUUACACCUUCUUUGCUGCCAGUGGAUUGUGUGCUUUCCUAGUGAUCUGGGACUUGAUUGUAUAG